AGAAAAAAAAAUAACCAUUUCACAUUUUAUUCUUCUUCAUCUUCCUCCUUUCCGGUGGAGGUCGUCGGAGAUCCGGUGAUCUCGCUGCUCACCUCCUCAACCGAUCUCCACCCUCCGAUCACGCCCCCACCGAUCACAAUUUCUUCAAGAAUCACCCGCAUUGUCUGAAUUUUCACAAAUAAAAUUGUAGUUAAUUUUUUUUUUUUCAACCUUUUGUAUCGCGUGGAGGAGUUGAUUUGUGAAUUUUGGGAUCUAAAAAAUGGGCAUAAUUUCUCGGAAAGUGAUGCCGGUGUGCGGCAGCCUCUGUUUCUUUUGCCCUUCCAUGAGGUCAAGGUCGAGGCAGCCCGUCAAGCGCUACAAGAAGUUGCUGGCCGAGAUUUUUCCUCGAUCUCGAGAAGAAGAGCCAAACGAUAGAAAAAUAGGUAAACUCUGUGAAUAUGCUUCGAGAAAUCCUCUCCGUAUCCCAAAGAUCACAACUUAUCUUGAGCAAAGAUGUUACAAGGAAUUGAGAACUGAACGCUUUCAUCAUGUAAAAGUUGUCAUGUGUAUCUACAGGAAGUUAUUGAUUUCUUGUAAGGAGCAAAUGCCAUUGUUUGCGGGUAGCUUGCUUAGCAUCAUACACAUUUUGCUGGACCAAACACGGCAAGAUGAACUGCGCAUCAUAGGUUGCCAGGCUCUUUUUGAUUUUGUAAAUAAUCAGGGGGAUAGUACGUAUAUGUUCAACUUAGAUGGCUUAAUUCCAAAACUUUGUCUUGUUGCUCAAGAAAUGGGUGAUGAUGAGAGGGUACAACAAUUACGUUCUGCUGGGCUUCAAGCCCUUUCUUCAAUGGUUUGGUUCAUGGGGGAAUUUUCUCAUAUUUCAGCAGAAUUUGAUAAUGUUGUUGGAGUUGUCUUGGAAAAUUAUGGAGGUUUUAAGGAAAACACAGAUGAAACUAGUGAUAAUAAGCAAGGGCUUUCGGAAGUGGAUCAAGUUGAAGGCCAUAUGUCUUCUUCACCAGAUGCCAUAACAAUGGCUCCUUCUUGGAGGAGGGUUGUGAAUGAGAAAGGCCAAAUUAAUGUGACUGCCGAAGAUGCCAAGAACCCCCAAUUUUGGUCUAGGGUUUGUUUGCAUAACAUGGCCAGGUUAGCUAAAGAAGCUACAACUGUACGGCGUGUCUUGGAAUCUUUGUUUCGCUAUUUUGAUAACAGUGACAUGUGGUCACCUGAACAUGGUCUUGCUCUGCCUGUCUUGUUGGAAAUGCAGUUAUUAAUAGAGGAUUAUGGUCAGAAUACACACUUGUUGUUGUCCAUCUUAAUCAAGCAUCUGGAUCACAAGAACGUCCUUAGGAAACCAAAGAUGCAGCUAGACAUCAUUGAUGUUGCCACCUGCCUUGCUCGAAGAGCAAAGGUUCAGGGAUCCAUGGCGAUAAUUGGUGCAUUCAGUGACAUGAUGAGACACCUAAGGAAAAGCAUACACUGUUCACUGGAUGAUUCGAACCUUGGGGCAGAAAUAAUUGAAUGGAACAGAAAAUUUCAAACAGCAGUAGAUGAGUGCCUUGUGCAGUUGUCCCAUAAGGUAGGAGAUGCAGGUCCUGCUCUUGAUAUGAUGGCUGUGAUGUUAGAAAACAUCUCAAACAUUACAGUUAUGGCUAGAACCAUGGUUUCUGCUGUUUACCGUACUGCUCAGAUUAUAGCAUCCAUACCAAAUUUGUCAUACCGGAACAAGGCUUUCCCUGAGGCAUUAUUCCAUCAAUUGCUCGUAGCUAUGGUGUAUGCAGAUCACGAAACCAGGGUGGGUGCACACCGUAUAUUUUCUGUCGUUCUCAUCCCCUCUUCUGUUUCCCCUCAUCCCCACUCUGAUAAUCCCAACAGAAAAAAAGCCACUGAUUUUCACAGGACACUCUCUAGAAAUGUAUCUGUCUUCUCUUCUUCAGCUGCCCUUUUUGAUAAGUUAGGAAGGGAGCAAUCUUCUUCACAAGAGAAUACUUCUCAAGAUAAAAAGGUCAAAUUUGUUGAUACUGAGGAUUCAAAGACCAACAAUAAUUCCAUGCUAAGCAGACUGAAAUCAACUUACAGUCGAGCUUAUAGUGUGAAAAAGAAUUCUUCACCUAUAACUACAGAUGAAACUAUGAGUAACUCAGAUAAGGAACCGGAGGCAAUUUCCCUUAGGUUGAGCACUCACCAGAUCAUUCUCUUGCUUUCAUCAAUUUGGGCACAGUCCAUCUCUCCUCUAAAUAUGCCUGAAAACUAUGAAGCAAUAUCUCACACGUUUAGUCUGGUGUUGUUAUUUGCACGAACCAAGAACUCCAGUCUUGAGGCUCUAAUUCGAAGUUUUCAGCUUGCAUUUUCCUUGAGGUGCAUUUCUCUUGGAAAAGGAGGAACACUGCCUCCAUCUCGCCGUAGAUCUCUCUUCACCUUGGCAAAUUCUAUGAUUAUUUUCUCAUCAAAAGCCUAUAAUAUACUUCCUCUUGUUCCUUGUGCUAAGGCUGCACUUACAGAUAAAACGGUUGAUCCAUUUCUACAGUUGAUUGAUGAUAGAAAGUUGCAAGCUGUUAAACCUGGAGUAGAAAAUCCAAAAAAUGUUUAUGGAUCAAAAGAAGAUGAUGAUGGUGCUCUGAAGUCACUUUCUGCCAUAGAAAUAACUGAAAAUCAGAGUAAAGAAUCCUUUGCUUCCAUGGUAGUGAAGAUGCUGGGAAAAUCAGAGCCUGAGUCUUCCGCCAUAAGGCAGCAAUUGGUUCAUGAUUUUUUGCCAGUCGAUGUAUGUCCAAUGGGAGCUCAGUUCUUCACAGAGGCACCAGGGCAAAUUUAUCAAUCUGGUACAGAGGACAAAAAAUCUCCUGAUGAGUUGCCUCCUUUACUUUCAAUGGAUGAUGAUGCUAUACCUGAGGCAUUUGAAAGUCAAACAGGGCCUAAUUCUCAGCUGGCUCUGGUCAAUCAUAGCCUCCUGAGUGCUGAUCAACUUCUAGAAACGGUUGUAGAGACAAGUCAAGUUGGAAGGUUCUCAGUCUCUAGUCCACCUGAUGACAUGUCUUACAAGGAAAUGGCCAGCCACUGUGAGGAACUUCUAAAGGAAAAGCAGCAGAAGAUGUCCACUUUCAUGAUUGCCCAACAGAACCAAGAAAUUUCAAAUACCUUCCCCAGCAAUUAUGACCGGCCUGGAAAUCCCUUCCUUGAUGAAGAUACCAGUGAUACUUCAGAACAACCAUCCAAUGGGGCGGGUUUAGUGCUGUGUGCAGCUGAGUACCACAACCACCCCUACUUCUUCAGGCUACCGGCAUCAAGCCCAUAUGACAAUUUUCUCAAGGUUGCUGGUUGUUGAUUCCAUAAACCAGACAGAAUGAAGUAUCAUUAAUAGCUGUUUUUGCAAACCAUUCUGCAGUUGGAACAGCAGUUUCUGAACUGCUUAUCAAUCCAGGUUCUGAUUCCUUCGCCUAUUCAUUUGUUCAUUCAUUCAUUUUUGUAUUCUUUUUCAAAUGGAGAGGGUUUUUCUGAGAAACCAAUCUGCUUCUGCUUCUGUAAAUGUGUAAGAGUGCCUCUGCUUCGAGCUGUAUAUUGAUUUCACAAUUUUUUUUUCUUCUUUUUCUACGUUUUCUUUCCACCGUUGAGAUGUGAGAAGUUUGUAAAGCUUUAAGUGCCCGAAACAAAGAAAUUAAAACAUGAUUUAUUAUUAAUUUAUGUAUGCAAUCCCUUUGGUUUCUA